GAGCAGCACGAGUACGUGGAGAAGCUCAACAUGCAUGCCGUCCUGAGCGCCUACACGGGCCAGGAGCAGCUCCUCAUCGAGCUGCUGGUUGCCUACGCCAAGAUUCCCAUUCUUAUUGGGGAGCUGAUCUCUGUGGAGAUCUGGAAGCAUAAGAUCUUUCCUGUGCUAUGCCGACUGAAUGACUUCAAGCCAACAAGCACCAUCCCCAUCUACCUGGUGCUGCGUCGUGAAGCCUCCAUCAUUAACCUCUUGGAGACAGUGUUUUUUCACAAGGAAACCUGCGAGUCAGCGGAGUGCAGCAUUCUGGAUUUAAUUGAUUAUUGCCACCGAAAACUGAUCCUGCUCACAGCUCGGAGCGCCAAUGGCCAGACAGUGAUCCCAGUGGAACUUCGUCCUGAGCUUCUGACCAACCUCUCGUCAAUGCAGGACCUGGAGAAGUUAGCAGAGACAAUGGAGUUUGAGAUUUCUCUGAAAGCCCUGUCCGUGCUGCGGUUCAUCACUGAUCAGGUGGAGAGUCUGCCCCUGAGCGCGCUGACACAGAUGCUGAACACCCACAACCUACCUUGCCUCCUUGUCGAGCUGGUGGAGCAUUGCCCCUGGAGCUGCUGGGAAGCAGGCAAGGUCAAGAAGUUUGAGAAUGGCUCGUGGCAUGUGGUGCCCCCUGAAGACCAGGUGAAGAUGACCAAACUUGAUGGGCAGGUGUGGCUUGCCCUCCUCAACCUCCUGCUCAGCCCCGAAUGCCAGCGCAAAUACCACUUUGAUGGCUUCAACAAGAGCCAGCUCCUCAAGCUCGGAGUGUUCCUGACAGACCCCCUCAUCGACCAGCUGCCCAACCUGGUGGAGCUGCAGAGAUUUCUGAGCCACCUCGCAGUGACAGAGCCGGCUCCCCCAAAAAAGGAUCUUAUCCUGGAGCAGGUUCCUGUCAUCUGGGACCACAUCCUCAAGAAAAACAGUGGGAAGUGGGAGGCCAUCGCCAAGCACCAGCUGAAGCACGUUUUCAGCCCCACUGAGGAGGAGCUGAAGCCACAGAUACACAGGUGGGCACAGAUCUACAUCGAGGACACGCUGAAGGUUCUGGCCGCCAAGAAGCCCUGCUGCAGGGUGUGUGGUAUGGAGGCGCCCAAGCGGUGUUCUCGCUGCCGGAACGAGUGGUACUGCUCGCGAGCCUGCCAGGUACAGCACUGGAAACAGCACAAAGCUGUCUGCAACGUGAUGGCUGAGGCUUCGAGGAGCAUGGAUGAUGC